UGUCGUGCGAGAGAAAAAAACUGCCAGCAGCGAUCGGGCAGCGAUUCCGAGCGAGACAUAGCCCGCGUCUUCCCCGCGACCUCUUCCCGGCGCCCCUCAUUCCUCUUGCCGUCGCCGCCCCCGUCCAUAGUGAGAGGAAAGAGAGGGAGGUGAGCCAGCAGACAGGAGGGGGCGGCAGAGCUCCCAGCCCAACGCCGGAGUUCAACACCAUGGGCGACGGUGCUCGGGUUCGGCCUCGGGCACCAGGGGAGUUGGCGACUCCCAGCCCCGCACCGGAGUUCAGCGGCAGGGCCGAUGACGCCCGGGUUCGGCCCUGGGCCCCAGGGGAGCUGCGACGGCGUCGUGAGAGGCCCGGGCCUCCUCCUCGUAAAAGGAGGCAUCGCUUGUGCUAGGCGGCGGCGAUCUAAGCGCCGGUCCAGGGGCAGCGGCGUCCCCUCGUUUGCGCCUGGGUCUUCAACCUUCCAGUGUGGUACAGGAGCAGCAGCAACCACCGAUGCCAAGAAGCUCCAGCAAUCACACGCUCACUCUUGCUUCACAGAUUAUGUAUUAUGGCCUUGCACAGCUAAGCUAACUAAAAUGUAUACGAUGUGUCAAAGUUACUGUUGUUUAUGUUCUGAAAAUGAUUGAUGUGGAAGGAGGACCAUUCGUAAUUUGGCCUCAAGGACAUGCUCUGCUUCAGCUUGCAGGUUGCGACCUUGCUUCCCUCCUCUUACUUGUUUGCUUUUAGUAUUAUUAAACUGCACGAUACAAAUGAACAUUUUUUAUUAUGUCUAGACCUAGAUUUUUUGUGGUGUUGCAUCCACACUGGCAGAUGACUAUUUAUAGAGAGAUGUCAUGGAAAUUGCAAGUAGAUGGUCGCAGAUGCUUACUAAUCUGUAACAAUAAAAUCCAGUUGCAUGUCAUAUGUCGAUUCUCUUACAUAUUAUAUUGUGAGCAUACUUAGACACAUAUGUCGCUCUGGUGAUCAUAUUAUGUUCACUUUUCUGUUUAGGUUUGUCAUUGAUUAAGUUGAUUCAUUUUCAUGCAUGUUCUAUGUGUAUGAACAUGUAUAUGAUAGGCCAUUUUGAUUCAGUUAAUAUACAUUCAGGUUCUGAUUGUAUUUCAAUAGUAACCUGGGCCUAUUUGAGCAGCUUUUUUACUAUAUCAGAUUGUUUAUGAUCUUUAUUUAGAAUAAGCUAUGUCAGCCUGCUGGAUCCUUCUCAAUCAGCUAACCUCAUUGUUCUACACUCUCUUGCUUCAUAAUUUUCCCCAUUGGACACUCUCUUAACAGAAAUAUUUGUGUUAUCAAUUUGCUGUUGGUUCACAUCUAGGGUCAGAAAGUAGCGUCAUGCAUGAUGAAUGUUGGUGAUCUUUUUAUUGUCAAGCAACAAUUUCGAGAUUCAUGAAACAUGGUCAAUAUCAAAAGGUAGUUAUUGGUGUUUCCAUAUUUGUUCAUGACCAGUAUGUUAUACCAACUAUUAUUAUUUAGAGUGCCUCCCUUCUGUUCUGAAGAUAUGCAUAUUUCAUACUCCCUCUGUCCCAAAAUAAGGACUCAACUUUAUACUAACUUUAGUACAAAUUUUGUACAAAAUUGAGUCAUUUAUUUGAGACGGAUGGAGCAUUAAUUAUGAGAACAACAAGUUAUGCAUGCAUUUUUUCGUGGGUGAUAUGCCUCCUUUAUAUUUAAAAAACCAUUCUUUCCAGGUUUAAACCCCACAUGGUCAGUAGAAUAGGUAUCUAAAAGGACUAAGAUCUAACUACAUUAAAAAAAAAAUGCUGCCACUGCGUGAGUGUUUAUAACAGGUGGUGGUUAUUCUGAGAUGAGGAGGUGCUCACUGAUGAGUUGGGGAGGCAUGUAAGGACAGUAUGGUACGAGAACACCGAUUAACAGUCGGACGCGUCUUAUCCCAUCACCCCAGAGGGUUAGUCGUGAGUGUCGGCGGCCAGACACAGAGAGGUUCUCUCUGUAAUCCAUAUUAUUCCUCCUUUUCCUAAUUUGUUAUAUGUUCAACAUAAUGCCAACGGACAAUAUACUACCGUGUACCUUUAAUUUCUAAGUUGGAGCAAUUGAUAGUUGUGUUUUA